CUCUACCUAUAGCCUGCCUUGGUUAACAGAGAGACAGGUGCCCAGUCACAGAAGCUCUCUCUGAGGAAGGAAACACUGACGUUCUCACAGGUCCCCGUCUCUACUCCCAAUCCUCCCCAGCUCCUCUCCUGGCACACCUAUAUAGAGGAAGACACAAAGCAAUUAGUGGGCCCAGGUGUGUACUAAUUGGUUUUACACUGAGUACCUAUCCCCUGAAGGUGCUGUUGCAUCGUCUUCCUGGUCACUGAACUCUCACAUUUAGUUCAGUAAACUAUAUUUUUCUUAAGGGUAGCUUACCUUCUUCCAGUGUUCAGUAAUUGGUAGCUUGGUAAACUAUAUUUUCASAGUAGCUUCCCCAACACUGACCUCUCAGCUAUCGACACACCUUCUUAGUAUUGUUUAAAAUCUAAUUGAACUGCGCGGAAAUAAGGGAACUUAUUUGAUCUCAAUACUGGAGUACUUCUUCAGGAACCUCACCUGACUAACCUGAAUGUUACGAAAGGACACUAAAAGCCAUGGUUCUGUUUUUAAUGUGUGUGUUGAAGUGUUUGCGGGCCGUUGGCUGAUGUCAUUCUGGACAGGCAGCUCGAAGAUCCAUGAGCUGUAUACAGCAGCGUGUGGUCUGUACGUGUGCUGGCUGUCCAUCCGCGGUGCCACCGUGCUGUUGGCCUGGAUGCCCCAGGGACGCACCAUCAUCAUGGUCAAAGUCCAGGAGUGGAGCCUCAUGUGGUAGUAGCGUUGAUGGUGGCUGGUGUUAUCCCUCUACUGCUGGGCCUGCUGUUUGAACUGGUCAUCGUUGCUCCCCUACGCGUUUCCUCUGGACCAGACGCCUCUCUUCUACCCCUGGCAGGACUGGGCUCUGGGGGUGCUCCAUGCCAAAAUCAUCGCUGCCAUCACCCUCAUGGGUCCKCAGUGGUGGCUGAAGACUGUCAUAGAGCAGGUGUAUGCUAACGGCAUCAGGAACAURGACCUCCAUUUCAUCAUCUGCAAGCUGGCUGCCCCUGUCAUCUCAGUGCUGCUGCUGUCCCUGUGUGUCCCCUACGUCAUAGCAGCCGGGGUCCUACCUGCCGUAGGUCAGUCAACAGUGUGUCUGUGCAGUGUGUGUGUGUGUGUGUGCACGUGUUUGUUUGUUUGCGUGCAUGUUCAUGGGAAGUGUUUGCAUGCACACUUGUGGGUGAGUAUGAAGUGUUCAGCUCUAACUCUACUAAUAGAUCUGUACCCCUCCUGGUGUGACUCCAGAUAUAACUCUACUAAUAGAUCUGUACCCCUCCUGGUGUGACUCCAG